ACUCCGCCGCCUCGGAGCGAGCCGCUGCGCUGAGCUGGGCCGCGCCUGGUGUGUCCGUGGCAGGGUGGACUGCCCCGCCGUGCCCGUACCGCGGGGUCCGGAGGUGGGGCCGCGGUGCCGACAGGUUUCCCUGACACUGUGUUUCCGUUCGUCUUUAGCUUAGGCCUGGAGCUGGGGCUGUCCUAGGCAGGUGGGCAAGGACAGGUGAGCAGUGGGUAUUGACAUGGAUAGUGUUUCCUCAGGCUCUUCUCUGCAGUGCCUUGCCAAACUGCUUCGUGAUGGUCAAGAUGAUGAUGAUGAUGAUGUACAUGUGCCAUGCUGUUCCAUUAGUGCCAUGACUCCUGGUAGUAUUGGACCAGUAAAGAAAGAGACCACUGGUAAUUUCCAAGUGAAAUCUGAAAACAGGAAAACUAUUUGGAACACAGAGGAGGUCCCAGAAGGAUCUGAAUUUGAUGAUACCUGGGACCCUAGAGAACAGCCAGAGUAUCAGAUUUUAUUCAAACAGUGUGUGGGAACAGAGGACGUCUUCUUUGGGAUGAGCAGGAAAGACCCCUCCACAGCCUGCUGUGAAGAUAUAGUGAUUAAAAUCAAGUUGCCAGGGGCAAAGUACUCAGACAUCACAUUAGAUAUCCAGGACAAGGUUCUUGACCUUCGGACUCCCAAAAAGAAGCUGCUGCUGCACCUCCCUUACCGUGUAGACAGCAAGAAUGGUAAAGCUCGUUUUCUCUCUGAAGAGGAGACCUUGGAAGUCACCUUGAGAGUAUCAAGGAUGUUUGAUUUCAUAAAUUUUGUCUGAUAGAUAGAGAAAUAGAGGAAGUUUGCAAAAAGUAAUCUCUUAGUUUGAAGUCUUCUCAGAACCUAACUGGUCAUGAAAUAGUAGAUUGCUUCCCUUGAACAGUCCAGGGGGAAUGUCCCUGGAGAAAUGGAAUUACUCAGGAGGAACAAAGCACCCCAUAGGUCCAGCUCUUGUGCUGCUUUGGUUAACGUUCUGCUUCCUUCAGUCUGAUAGAGGCUCUGUGAAUCAGAAAAUAGGAGCUUACAAUUCUGUAAGCCAGAAAAGGUCUUUUUGGGCUUAUGUUUGAUAAGUAGCACAAUGAGGCUCUGGCUAGCGAGUCUGGUGCUUAGUUACUGUUGCAAGACUUGCAAGUGGUAAUAUUCUUGCUUGGCCUUCAGUGCUGGGACUGGGGCGAGUUCACAAUCUUCUCUUAGCUACUGCUUGAUGAGAAGAUCAAAGCUCUUCAGGGAUCCACAUCUGUGGCAGAAUAAGGGAACCAACUAUAGCUGGAUUGCGGAACAACUCAGCUCUUUUGAACAGUUUCUGACAAUGUGUGGUGUCAUCUAUUCACCUGCUGUAUCUCCAGCUGUUUUUCUGAUCUUUCUUGAUUAUUAAAAGAAUGUGUUCUAAUGAA